UUAACGUAGUUUUUACUUAAAUCAAGAUGGCAGAUGAAAGCAUGCACAUGGUAGAGGUUCUUUCAAAUGAUUCGAAAAUAAAAGAAAUAAAUAAAAUGGACUGCACAAUUUUAGAUUAUUUUACAAAACUUAAGAGCGAAAUUGAAUCUGAAAGAAUAGAUGGUGGAAUUGUAUUAUUAAACUAUUUACGUCAACAAAGUUCAGAACAGAAUGACAGUAAGGAAUUUAAAUAUGCCAUUAAAAGGCUUAUUCGAAGUUUAGGUUCCUCAAAAAUAACCUCUAGAAUAGGAUUUUAUACAACUUUGACAGUUUUUUUAAUAAUGCAUCCUGAACAACCAAUUGAUAACUUUCUGUCUAUAGUAGAUAAUGAAUUACAUCCAGUAAAUAGUAAUAGUAAAAGUGAAAAUGCUGAUAUCUAUAUGGGUCGUAUAUUAGCAUAUGGAGCACUGAUACGAUCUACUCUUCUUUCUAAGAGUGCUAGUGAAACACAAUUACAAAUUCUACAAAAUCUUGUCAAUGCUGGCAAACAACGCAGUUAUUUGUCAUUUAUUUCUGUUUCAUUUCUUGUUGAAUUUAUAAAUCAAGUUAAUCUUGAAUGUAUACAGAAAUCAGUUUGGCCAGUUAUUGAAAAAGAAUUUGGUAAACCUUGGGUAGAACAAACCUUAGAUUCUUUUUAUGUUUUGUUAACAAUCCAAAACAAAUGUCCAUCACUUGUAAAUUAUGAAUUUUCAAAAAAACAUUUUGGUACAAAGAGUAUCAUUACUAGAGAGUCUUUGAGUGAUAUAAUGAAAGUAUUAUUGGAUUUACCCAAAAUUGUAUCAUGCCAUCAUCCAAUAUUUAAACUAUUUUGUGAAAAUUUAGUGUCAACUGAUCUUAUUACUGACUUUUGGACACAUAUAGAUAGUAAAUUUGUAAAACCAUCAAAAACUGAUGAACACUUGGCUAUACAGAUUUUUAAAUUCAUAUUAUCAAAUGUUAAAGAUAAGUCUGUACUUCCAUCACUGUUAUCUCCAAAUUAUAUGCAGUAUAUGUUAACAAAGUUUUCAAGAUCUAAAAAACAUGACAAGGAUGAAAUACUCAUGGCAUUCAAGGAAAUUUUAAAUUCAUUAGUAUCAAUUGUAAACAAUGAUAAUACUAAGCCAAAAAUACAAAUUGCUGUAUUAAAGAAGUUAAUACUAUAUCCAGGUAAUUUAAUGAUUGAAAAAAAGACAGGUACAAAGAUAGUUCAGGCAGUCACAGGAAACUUAAAUUUAGAAGGAAUUAAAAAGGUUUCAAAAAUAUAUAGAAAUAUAAUUGAAAACACGAUAUCUAAAGAGAAAUCGAAUAUAAAAACAGAAUCAUUUUGGACAAAUGCUGAAAGAAUGUAUGCUGCUCAUUUAUUAACAAGAUUAAUGGGACAUUAUAAAAUGGUUGUGGACCAAGAAUGGAGAUUAGAUCAAUUGAAAUUCUUAUUUGUUUAUGGAUUUUGUGAAAUAUCAAACGUUGGAGUAGAUUUAGCGCCGCAGUUUAAGGAAGCAUUUUAUCAUGCAUUAGAUCACAAAUUACCAAAGCUAAAUGAUUUACGAAAUAUACUAAGUGAAUUAGUUCAUUUUGUAGAUACUCAAAUAAAGAAUAAAAUUUCAAAAUUAAGAAACCCGUUAACAGAGGAAACAAAGGAUGCUUGGGAAAAAGUGAUACGUUCGAUCGAAAAUUUGGAAAAUAAAUCAAAAAGAGCAGAGGUAGUACCAGUAUUUCAUACAAUGUAUUUACAUAUGGGUUUGCAAUUAUUUUCAGACCCAAAAAUGGCAAUUAUGGCUAUUAAUGAACUUCAAAGUUGUUAUGAAAGACUACAAAAAAAGUCGAGAAAAGGUAAAGCAGGUUCUAAUAAGACGGAACAAGAUGAGCCAGAAUGGGUAGAAGUUGUCGUUGAUUUGUUAUUAUCCUUCUAUUCUAAAAAUAAUCACUUAUUACGAUCGUUAGUAGGAUGUGUUUUUCCACAUAUUCGUCCGUAUGUGACCCCAACAGCUAUACACCACAUAUUAGCAGUGUUAGACGUAAGAAGUGAAAAAACACCUCUUGUAUUGGCAGAUACCGUUGAUGAAGAAGUUUCAUCAGAUACAGAAUCAAGUUCAGACAGUGAAGAUGAUAGUAAACGCGACGAAGAAAAUGAUAAUAAUGAAUCAGAAACAAUGUCAGAUAGUGACUCUGAUUCGAAUGAAGAAUCAAUGAACGAAGACGAGGAUGAAACAGUAACUGAUAGAUUAAGAAUGGCAGUGCGCCAAGCGUUAGGUGAUGCUUCCGUUCAAACGGAUGACGAUGAUGUAGAUGUUGAUCAAAUUGACGAGGAAGAAGGGAAACAAUUAGAUGAAUCAUUAGCCGCAGCAUUUAAAAUUCUUCGAGAAAAUCGUCAAACACAGUCCAAAAAACAAGAAAAGUCAGCUCAUGCUCUUACACAUUUUAGAAUUCGUGUUAUAGAUUUGUUAGAAACUUAUUUAGAAUGUAAUCCAUCAAUGGCGGUAGCACUGGAUAUGUUACUACCUCUUUUUACGUUAUUGGAAUACUGUAUAAAAGAUCCUCAUCAGAAACCUCUUCAAGAUCGAGUUCGAUCUUGUUUAAAAAAAUUGUCAACAGUAAAAAAGUUCAAGGAUACAGAGGAUAUUAAUGAAGAGUUAUUAACAGUGAUAUUAAAGGCGUUGAUAGAGAAAGGAGAACGAACCACAUCUGUUUAUCAUGAAAUGAGCGAUAAAUUAGCAGAGUGUUGUACAUUUCUUGUGAGAUGUGCACAGCAGGCUAAUUUAGCUACUGAUACUAUAGUUCAAAUUUAUGGAGAAAAUUUAACUGCAUUCUUCAAAAGAAGGGACUGUGUAUUAUCGCCUUUGUUAUUUAAAAAUAUUUUGCAGUUACAUUGGGAGGAUAACUGGCAAUUAGCACCGUUAUUGGUGGAUUUUGCUUUUGACAGUAGCGUAAGGUCUUUUCGCCGAGGUUAUGCACUUGAAUUUUUAACAGUCUUUUAUAAUAAUGGUCGAUUGGUUCAUUUAGAUACAAAACAUUUGGAUAUAAGAAUGAAAAUGGAGAAAAAAUUAUGUAAAAAUACUAUAAACACACUUAAAGAAUUAUGUGAUACAAACAAAACUGAAAACGAACAGUCUAUUCAAAGUAAUGGUAGUGGAGUAGGAAAAGAAGUUAAACAAAGGUACGUUUGGCUUCUUUUAUCGUUAUUACGAAGCAUUCGCACUCAACAUUUACCGGAAGCAUGGAAUUGGGAAGAAAUUGGGAAUGUACUUACACAAUUUAAAAUCAAUGUAACCCUUACAAAGAAUGCAAAAGCAGCAUAUAAUAAAUUGGCAAUAGAAAUUGGAAUUCCACUUCAUACAUCAGUAAAAAAAAAUAAAAAUAAACAAACUUCUACGAUAAAUGGAGAAAUAAAUGAAGAAUUAACAAACAGUGUUGAACAAGAAGAUGUAGACCUUAGUCAGGAAAAUGGAGAUACACAAACAGAUACAGAUAUAACAACACUAAAGAAAAGCGAAUUAAAAAAAAGGAAAAAAAGUAAGAGUAAACAAAAAGACAAGCAGUUAUUAAAAAAAGAAGCACGUAUGUUACGUGAAAAAGCAAUGUCGGAAGGUUUUGAAUCAUUUAGUUUUAGUUCUUUUGCUUUAAGUGAAGAAGCGAGUAAAGAUGAAUCACUUCAGAAUGGAGACUCGCAAACUACAGUAACUAGUCGCAAUACUUCACAAAAAAGAAUACUCAGACACAACCUAGACAGCAACAAAUCAAAAAGAAGAAAAAGUAUGGAAAUAGAUUGAUACAUCUAACGAAAUUGAUUACAAUUAAUACAAUCGUAAAUAAUUGUUAUUUUUAUAUAUGCAUUUAUAAAAAUAUGCGUCAGGAAGUUUGUACAGCUUUAAAAUAUAUAAAUAAAUCUUUAACAUAA